AUGGGUGAGCUUUUCAAGUGGCCAAGCUUCUCACCAUUCGUGCCUUAUCAUACCUCUGCUGGGCAAACGGUGAUCAAAAAGUUUGGCGGUCUCCUCACCAGCGAAUUCCUCCCCGCCCCCCCUGGACGAAGCUUCAUGAUGCGACAAACCUACCGCCACAACGUCGAAGGCCCCAUCCCGGAGAACCUCCGCAAAUUGAUCGAGAGCGACCAUCGCCCCAAUGGCCCUCCCAUGCACUUCCACCAGUGGCAGACAGAGUACUUCAAGGUCGAGGAGGGAAUCUGUGUGGUGGAAGUGAACGGCACGCAGACCAUUCUGACCCCGGAAGAUGAAGAAAUCUCAUGCAAGGCGGGUAACAUCCAUCGAUUUUUCAUCCAUCCAGACUCUCAGGAGAAGAUGACGGUGAUCCUGAGCGCCUCGGAUUCUGGCGUGGAUUACCAGCUGGACCGGGUGUUCUUUGAGAAUUGGUACGGAUAUUGGCAUGAUGCAUUGCUGUACCAGGGAGGCUUGGAUAUCAUUCAAACCCUUUGUAUACAUGACGCGGGUGACCACUACACGCCCGGGCCCGCCUGGCUACCCUUCCGCCGCCUCAUCGGCUACUGGAUGUGCGUGGUCAUUGGCCGCUGGAUUGGCGGCCUUCUAGGCUAUAAGCCGUUCUUCCGGGAAUAUACCACCGAUUGGGACUUCGCUGUGACUAAAAUGAAGGCCAAUCCCUGGACGCGCCGGUUGGUGAAUGACUCGUACCCGGCCAAGAAGUCGUGGGACGAACAGGUCAAGCUGUCCUCGUUCCCCAAGCCUACCAACGCAGACUACGAGCUACUCGUGACUGACAUUACGGAGUCGGCUGUGGUUAAGGAGAAUGGGGAGGACUUGAGAAAACGCAUCUAA